UAGUUUUUUUUAUUAUAUUAUUAGUUAAUUAGCGUAUCUGCUGUAAAUUUUUGUUUCGAGGUUAAAGCCAUCUGUAUUUUUAAUUUUUUGCAUUGAAAGCUUUCCAAAAUGUCUAAAAGCGAUAGAUUAUCUAGUGUAACUGGAUUUUGUGAUAAGUGUGGUUCAAUAUUACCGCUUCUAGAGGAGUUUGGAUCGGUUACAUGUUAUGCGUGCAAAGAAAAAUAUAGCCCUGAAAGAUUUGAAAACAUAAAAUUCAACUACACCAUACACUUCAAUGCAGUAUCAAACUUGAAUAAUGACAACAUUUUGCACAUGGACAACCCUGAAGGCCCUGUUGUUGAGAGGAAGUGCCCAAAAUGUGGUAACGAUAGGAUGUCUUAUGCCACCUUGCAAUUGAGAUCAGCAGAUGAAGGACAGACAGUGUUCUAUACUUGUACUUCAUGCAAAUACAAAGAAACAGAAAAUUCAUAAGACUUCUGUUGGGAUUAUAAUCAAUUUAGAUUAAAUAAAUUUUGUUAAAAUAUUUU